AUGUUGUUAUGCUUUGGCUAUUCAUUUUUAAUUUUAAUGAUAAUAAAGAUAAGAAAUCUAAAAACAUUUUAAAAUUACUAAUAAUUGAAUAGUGAAAACAUUAAUAUAUCAAGUUAGAUAACAAAUUUUAUUAAUAAAUGUAUGAGAAUUUAUAUUCCUGUACCAAAUUUAGUUGAAAGAGAAGUUAAAUAAGAUCAUAAAGUUGAAGAUUAUUUUGGAAAGAAUUCAGAAAUACAAAUAAGUUUAAUUCAAAAUAAUUAAGAUAUUAUUUUUUUAUUUACAAAGAUGAGAAAUAGAUUAAAUUGA